AUGGGGCCUUCUCCGCAAACGAAUCCUGGCCAAGGCCGCCAGGACCGAGAUGUUUAUCUUGCCCAGGACACUUCUGAUCUGAUCGGUAUCCAGGCAGAUUUGUCGAAUUCUGAAAGCGAUACGGAUCUUGACAGCGAUGACACCGCAAUUUUCGAAAUCAACCCCCAUUCAACGAGGAGAUUGGAGUCCGCACCGCUGAUAACCAAUCACCGACUGCCCUCCGCCGAUGAAGAUGAUGGCGAUUAUGAUCCCGACGGCGUGCUCAGGCCGGCUGAAGAUGAGGAGAAACCAGUGACCUGGAGCUCGCUACCGAAAAAGGGUCAAUUGGCAAUCUUGACCUUGGCACGACUUUCAGAACCGUUGACGCAGACCUCUUUGCAGGCAUACAUGUUUUAUCAGCUCAAAUCGUUCGAUCCAUCUUUACCAGAUUCGAAGAUCUCUGCGCAGGCGGGCAUCCUUCAGGGUAGCUUUACAGCCGCGCAAUUUAUCACCGCUGUCUGGUGGGGCCGUCUUGCGGAUGCUGAGUGGAUGGGGCGGAAGAAAGUGCUGUUGAUCGGACUGAUGGGCACUUGUCUGUCUUGUGUGGGCUUUGGCUUCUCUCGAUCUUUUGCGACAGCCAUGAUCUUUCGAACACUGGGCGGGAUAUUGAACAGCAAUGUGGGAGUGAUGCGAACGCUGGUUGCAGAGAUCAUUGCCGAGAAGAAGUAUCAAUCCCGCGCAUUUCUGCUUCUCCCCAUGUGCUUCAAUAUUGGUGUAAUCAUAGGUCCAAUCCUGGGAGGCUCUUUGGCCGAUCCUAUCAACAGCUUUCCACAAUUUUUCGGCCCUGGAUCUACUUUUGGAGGCAAAGAGGGUGUCUGGUGGAUGCAGCGUUGGCCCUAUGCAUUGCCAAAUCUUAUAAGCGCAAUCUUCAUAUUCGCAUCAUUUCUCGCAAUAUUUCUUGGGCUCGAUGAGACCCAUGAAAUUGCACGUUAUAGGAAGGACUGGGGUCGCAAACUGGGCAAGCGGAUCACAAGAGCUUGGAGCCGACGACCCCGACAUUAUCGUCCACUGACACGCUCCAGAGAUGAUGACUCCAUUUACACGGACGGCAGUGUCGGUACUUGGUCCACGCCAUCAAGUCCAGCCCGCUCUCGCGUGCAUCCACGGCCACAUAAAAAACUACAUUUCCGCCAGAUCUGGACACGAAACGUGAUCUUGACUUUGGUGGCUCAGUUCUUGCUUGCCUUCCACACAAGUGCCUUCAACUCUAUGACAUUUGUGUUUUUGCCCGCACCCCGUGCUCCAGAGAACUCCAGGCAAGGUCUCUUCCAUUUUGGCGGUGGACUAGGUCUUCCAUCAUCCCGAGUUGGGCUCGCUACUGCCAUCAUUGGUUUCAUCGGUCUGCCACUCCAAAUAUUCCUCUAUCCUCGGAUACAGACAAAGCUUGGCACACUCACGUCAUUCCGAACCUUCCUUCCCUUUUCGCCCAUUGCAUACGUGCUGAUGCCCUUCCUUGUGAUUCUUCCACGCAUCCCAUGGAUUGUUUGGCCUUCUUUCACGUUUGUUGUUAGCUUGCAGGUCAUCUCGCGGACAUUCAUCCUACCCGCUGCUAUCAUUUUGGUGAACAACUGUGUUACGGAUCCGUCUGUCCUAGGCACAGUCCAUGGAGUGGCACAGAGUAUCUCUAGUGGAGCUCGGACGCUAGGGCCAUUUCUGGGUGGCUGGGGGCUGGGAUUGGGCCUCGAGAAUAACAUGAUUGGAGCAGUUUGGUGGGCACUGGCUGUUGAGUCUUUGCUUGGCUGGGUGAUGCUGUGGAGUAUUUCCGAGGGCAAGGGAAUUGAACGGAAGAAAGAUGAGACAGAGGAUGAGGAGUGA